CGCCCCUCCACCACACCCCGCAAGCUGAGCACGAUGCCGGGCAUCCAGAUCGCCAUCGACCGCGGCGGCACGUUCAGCGACUGCUACGCGCGCAUCCCCGGCCGCGACGACGUUGUCAUCAAGCUGCUCAGCCACGACCCCUCGCAUUACGCCGACGCGCCGACGGAGGGCGUGCGGCGCAUCCUCGAGAUCGCGCAGGGGCGCAGCAUUGCGCGCGGCGACAAGAUUGACACGAGCGGCGUUGAGUGGAUCCGCCUCAGCACCACCGUCGCGACCAAUGCGCUGCUCGAGCGCCGUGGCGCCAAGCAUGCGCUCGUCACGACACGCGGCUUCAAGGACCUGCUCGAGAUCGGCAACCAGACACGGCCCGACAUCUUCGCGCUCAACAUCCGCAAGCCCGAGGUGCUCUACUCGGCCGUGCUCGAGGUCGACGAGCGCGUGACGCUCGUCGGCUACACGGCCGACCCCGAGGCCGCGCAGCACGCGCCGCGCUUCGACGACGCCGGCGCCGUGCAGCAGGCAUACUCGGGCGAGGACGCGCCGCCGCCGGCGCACGACGGCAGCGAGCCGCCCGUCGAGCGCGGUGUCAGCGGCGAGGCCGUCGCCGUGCUGCGGCGCCCGGACCGCGAGCAGGUGCGCCGCGACCUGCAGCGCCUCUUCGACGACGGCUUCCGCGCGCUCGCCAUCGUGCUCAUGCACUCGUAUACGUAUCCUGCGCACGAGCAGCUGGUCGCCGAGGUGGCGCGCGACGUCGGCUUCACGCACGUCUCGGUCAGCUCGGCGCUGAUGCCGAUGAUCCGCAUCGUGCCGCGCGGCGUCUCGGCCACCGCCGACGCCUACCUCACGCCCGUACUCGCCGACUACAUCGACGGCUUCUUUGCCGGAUUCGACGCCUCGCUGCGCGACGGCAGCGCCGGCACGCGCGUCGAGUUCAUGAUGUCCGACGGCGGCCUCACGAGCGUCGAGCGCUUCUCGGGGCUCAAGAGCGUCAUCUCGGGCCCGGCCGGCGGCGUCGUGGGCAUGGCGCUGACCAGCUGGGACGCGCAGGACGGGCGGCCCGUCAUUGGCCUUGACAUGGGCGGCACCAGCACGGACGUCUCGCGCUACGCCGGCCGCUACGAGCAGGUCUUUGAGACGACGCUCGCGGGCGUGACGAUCCAGAGCCCGCAGCUCGACAUUAACACGGUCGCUUCUGGCGGCUCGUCGCGCCUCUUCUGGCGCAACGGCCUCUUUGUCGUGGGCCCUGACUCCGCCGGCGCACACCCAGGCCCCACGUGCUACCGCAAGGGCGGUCCGCUUGCCAUCACCGAUGCAAACCUCAUCACCGGGCAUUUGGCUGUCGAGAUGUUCCCAAAGAUCUUCGGGCCGGAAGAGAACGUCGGCCUCGACCUCGAGGCGACGACACAGGCUUUUGAAAAGCUGCGCGCCCAGAUCAACAAGGAGACGGGCAAGGAGUUGAGCCUCGAUGAGGUAGCACAGGGCUUCAUCCGCAUCGCCAACGAGACCAUGUGCCGUCCCAUUCGCGCACUCACAGAAGCAAGAGGCUACUCGGCGUCCAAGCACGUCCUGGCCUGCUUUGGCGGCGCCGGCGGCCAGCACGCAUGUGCCAUUGCGCGCUCGCUCGGCAUCCGGACCGUGCUCAUUCACCGCCACUCGUCCAUUCUCUCUGCGUACGGCAUGGCGCUGGCGGACCGUGUCUUUGAGGCGCAGGAGCCCGCGAGCGACACGUGGGGCGGCGAAGGUGUGCUCUCAUCGCUGCAGCGGCGUGUCGAGGCGCUCGAGAAGCACGUGCGCGAGACGCUGCAGAAGGACGGCUUCGAGGGAAAGCGCCUCGAGACAGAGGUGCUACUCAAUCUGCGCUACGAGGGCACAGAUACGGCCCUCAUGACGCUCAAGCCGCCAGACAGCUGGGACGUGGACAAGGCGUUCGUGUCCACGUACAAGCAGGAGUUCGGCUUCACGCUCGAGGGCAAGCCGAUCCGCGUCGACGACAUUCGCGUGCGCGGCAUCGGCAAGUCGUUCGAUGGCCUCGGCGAGUCGGUGUAUGCGGAGCACGAGCGGCUCGACUUCAAGAAGGCAGAUGCCGCCAUCGAGGCCGCGCCACGGAGGUCUGUGUACUUCGAGGGCCACGGGCGGCUAGACACGCCCGUCGUCCGUCUGUCAGAUCUGCAGCCCGGCACGAUCGUCCCGGCGCCAGCGCACCUCGUCGACGAGACACAGACCAUCCUCGUGGAGAUGGGCUGUGAGGCGCGGGUCCUCUCCCAGGCAGUGUUGCUAGAGAUCAAGUACGACUCAUGAGGGACGAAUGUCAUUGCAUGUAUACCGC